CGCACUCUUUUUAAAUUGUCUGAGCUCACCAGCUUCAUCGCAUUCAUUUUAGUUGGUGAAGGUGCUCUCCUCAGCAUCACAUUUGAGGUUAUUCAGAGAAUAAGUAUUGAAGAGUAAUUAUGGUGAAGAUAGCUUUUCAACCUGUGACGGCACAGAAGCCUGACAAGGAGAGCGAUGCAGAUAAGGAAGAGGUUCAUAUGCCUUAUCCACAUGAAGAGUUGGUGCUUCCCCUUCAAUCCAAGAAGUCCCCAGUAAAUGGUCUGUGUUGUCUUACCUUUGGCCUUGUGGUCUUCAUGUCUGGACUGGUGCUGGCAUCAAUUUAUGUUUACCGCUACUACUUUAUUUCUCAGACGUUCUCUCAGAUGCCAGAAGAUGUGCUCUUCAACUGCCAUAUGCUGUAUGAGGACACGGGUGUGCAUGCUCCAAUACAUGGCCGUCAGGAGCUGGAAGAGAACGUUGGCAUCUACCUACAAGACAACUAUGAGCAAAUCAGUGUCCCCAUGCCUGACUUUGGUGGAAGUGACCCCGCUGAUAUCAUCCAUGACUUUCAUCGGGGUCUGACUGCUUAUUAUGACAUUGCAUUGGACAAGUGCUACGUCAUUGAGUUAAACACCACUAUUGUCAUGCCUCCAAGAAAUCUGUGGGAGCUACUUGUAAAUGUCAAGAAGGGUACAUACCUGCCCCAGACCUACAUAGUCCAAGAGGAGAUGAUGGUGACUGGCCGUGUGCGCAGCCUGCGGCAGCUGGGGCCGUUCAUCCACAGACUCUGCUACGGCAAAGAAACCUACAGACUGAGGAGGCGCAGCACUCGGAGGCGCAUUGACCGACGUGAGACCAGAAACUGUCACAAUAUUCGCCAUUUUGCAAACACAUUUGUGGUGGAGACAGUCAUCUGCGACCGAGCGUAAAUUCGCUCCUCUGUCCUCUCCCACACCCGCAUCACAGCCAGUGAAGUCCCACACUGUCCACUGGAUCUUCUCUCCAUUCAGCUUGAUUGCACUUUAACCUGCAUGGUACACUAAAUGUUGUGUAAUGUAUUUGUGUUUUUUUUUAUUUUUUUUAUUCUGUCUUGAGUAAGAAUGUAAUGUAAUCUUAGAUUGUGAUUUUCAUGACCUUUUUUUUUUUGUAAACAUAACAUUGUUUACCUAUAAUUGUGAUCUGCAAAAUCCUUUGAACCCACUGUAAUAUGUCCCAAGUUGGUUAGUGGAUUUAUCCAAUAUUCCUUAACAUUUAGGGAAGACUGUCUGAUUUUUAUGUGUUGUAAUUUUAUUUUUUCCUUUUUCUUUCAUUCUUUUACCCUCUUGAUGUGCAAUGUCUAUACGGUAUUGGGAUGCCUGGUAUGAAUAUGCCGCGUGUACUAUGCACUGACUUUGUUUUAAGGUUUGUUUGUUUUGUAUUAUGUUGUCUGUUCCUCCAGGUUUAGAUUUUCUGGAGGCACAUGUAAACUUCUGAUUAUUAGGAAAUCCAAAAUAUGAAGAUAUUGUCAUGAAGCCAAAACAUACCUCAUAUUUUAGAAUUUACUUGUUUGCCUAGUGUCAAGUUCUGUAUUAUUUUGCAGUGUAUAGAAGCAAUAUAUCUCAAUUUUCAUAUCUUUAAUACAUAUCUACAUAUUUCAUGUAUCAAGAUCAGUGUUGCAUAAUGGUAGCUUGUUAAGUAAAAAUUUCUCCCACUCUUUUUUUAUGUGCUAAUGCGCGUUCCAGUCAAGCAUUUCUUCAAACUUGUCAGUAAAUUAUUUUGAAUACUGUAGACAAUGUGCAGUACAUGAUCAUUAUAUAUUCAUCUGUGCUUUCAUCAGACAUGUUGUAGAGCGGAAACCCUAUGUACAGGCUGUGGUAGCUUUUUUCAUGUCAAGUAUACCUCUUUUUAAUCAAUCUACAAUUGAUGUCUGCUGUUGCAUAGCAGUCAUAUUAAUUUUCCACUCUCAGUUUCAUCUGAAUUGCAUGGCAGAAUGUUUCUCUGGCAAAGCUAGUAUUCUCUUCAUGAUCAGACACUGUAGUUAGGGCUGAUUGUGUUACAGACUAAAGGGAAUGUAUCAUCCGAUUUUUAUUAGUGACCUUGUCUCUGUUCUUCCUCUAGCUUCUGUUCCAUCUGCUUGUAAAAUUCCUACUACUUAGAAAUAAACUGUUUAAAGGGA